UUGAUCGUGGGGCAAACAUGCGCCAGUACCAAAGGAACGAUAGUUAUCAACAGAAUCAGUGAAAUAUGGUUUAUAAAUAAUAAAGCAUUUUUACUUAUGCUUGUUUCACUUGGAUGGUAUAUUGCUUUGAAAAAAGUGUGAAAUACAUUAUCACUCUAUUACGACUUGGUAUCAGUGGAAUUCCAAAAGUUUAACAAUACGCGGGGAUCUACUAAGGUAGUGACAUGAACAAGUUUACCUUUGAACGAGGAUGAAGUGUUGAACAAAAUAGGAUCUUUAAUAGUAGUCAAAAACAAAAUGGAAUAUAAAUAAUGAAGUCUUACAUUUACGUACUGAUUGGGAUAUUAUUGGUGUUGAAAGAUGUUGAUUGUACCAUCGACUUGAUAGCUAACGCUUACUUACAAAGAUUUGUGUCCCAUGACGCUUAUAAUGGCACUGUAUAUUAUCCAGAAGGUAAUUAUUCUCGAGACUGGUUGAUAACUGGAGAACUAGCAAACUACACGAUUACAAUAGAAUUCGAAGCAUGUGUCAUAGAGAAUACCAAGGGAGUAUGUCUGUUUGAUGACGUCUUCGUUUACGAUGGAUCCAACUCAAGCGCAACUCUCCUCUUGAAAACGUGCUGUGGCGCUGCAUAUCCUGCUCCUUUCACUCCUUUCACAUUGCAAAGUACAGAUGGAACUAUGUAUAUUCUAUUUAAUACUGACAACACAGUAGCAGCAGAAGGUUUUCGUGUUAGCUACAUCCUACAAGGAGCACCAACAAGUACUGUUAGUAUUACAACUGUACAAGUCGCUGCAAGUACACCAGAAGACAAUACCUUACUGUAUAUAAUAAUUGCAUGUUCUGUAACAGCUUUACUUAUCAUAAUCAUCAUAAUACUUAUCUGUAUCGUAUGUUGCAAGAAAAAAUCGAAGGCUAAGAAAAAAAAGAAAAAAGUUCAUAAAAAAUUCGAUCGUUCAGCACCCAAACCUGUAGUUGUAACAUCAGAGAGUGGUUCCGAAGGUGAGCUUGAGGGAGAUUCAGAAUCGCCACGUGUAGUUCAAACACAACAACAUUCCCCGCCUCCAGCGUAUGCAACGGUGGUAAAAGAGCAAAAUCAAAAUACUAUCAUACAACAGAAAAAUGAAAAUUCCAAGCAAAAUAAUUCAGCUCAUAAUAACAGCGACAAAAAGAAAAAUUCUGGAAAAAACAGUAAUGUCGAAAAAGAUAUUAGCAGUAAAGUCGAAAAAGAAAAAAGUAUUAAAGUUCAAACAGAAAAAAGUAUUCAACAAACCAAUGAAUUAGACCCAUCUACAAAGAAAGCAGCAAAAGCUUCAUCUGAAUCUAAGGUUAAAAAGUCCAAAAAGAAAGGGGAAAUUUCAAAAGAACAAAAAACAGUUCCAACUGAAACUGAAACCAGAAAGAAUCCGGUUCAACAAACCGAAAAAGAAGCCACGUCAACAAGAACGUCAGAUAUUGAUAAAGAAAAAGAACCAACUAAUACUAAAUCUAAUGUAAUAAAUGAAACGCAUAUAAAACGUCAAACCAAUGACUUGGACAUUUCACCCGAUAAAAAAGAUGUCAAAACUACACCGAAUAAGAAUAUAGAAAGUACAUCUGAUAAAAAAGAUAUCAAAACUACACCCAAUAAGAAGAAUAUCGAAAGUACACCUAAUAAGAAGGUUAUCGAAACAACACCUGAUAAGAAGAAUAUUGAAACAAUAAUCGAUAAGAAGGCUAUCGAAACAUCUCCCGUUAAGAAGGAUAUCGAAACAACAUCCAAUAAGAAGGAGAUAAAAACAACACCUAAUGAGAAGGAGAUAAAAACAACACCCGAUAAGAAGGAGAUAAAAACAACACCCGAUAAGAAGGAAAUAAAAACAACACCCGAUAAGAAGGAUAUCGAAACAACACCCGAUAAGAAGGAGAUAAAAACAACACCUGAUGAGAAGGAGAUAAAAACAUCACCCGAUAAAAAGGAGAUAAAAACAACACCCGAUAAGAAGGAGAUAAAAACAACACCCGAUAAGAAGGAGAUAAAAACAACACCAAAUAAGAAUAAUAUUGAAACAAUACCCGAUAAGAAAGAUACUAAAACAAUACCCGAUAAGAAAGAUACUAAAACAAUCCCCAAUAAGAAAGAUACAGAAACAACACCCGAUCAGAAGGAAAAGGACAAAGAGGGAGGUAAAGUACAAAAAGGUAAAACAGAAAUUAGAGUAUUAGAUAAACAGCAUGUUGAUAAAAUAGAAAAUGACCAACAAUAUUCUGAAACAUCGAAACCUCAUGAACAUGGAAUAAUAUAUUCAGAGGCAACUACUAAGCCAGCUACAAAAACAGAACAAAUACGCUCUAAGGAAAAUAAAGAAACUAAAAAUACAAUUUCCCCAAUAUCAAAUAAACAAAAUGAAGAAACUAUAAAAACAGACGAAAAGGAAGACAAAAAAGUAGAAACAAACACGAAGAAGAAUCAAAAGGAAAUUGAACUUAAUAAAACAAAAGACAAGGAAAAAAAUAACAAUAGGGCAGAGGUACAUAAUAAAACAUUAACAUAUUGUGAAAAACAAAGUGUAUUGAUAAAAACAGAAUCACGUGACGAUCUUUUUGAAAAUGAAAACAGUUUCUUAAUGGACAAUGUACCUUUAUUUAACAAGAGCCCGCAAAACAACGACGAUUCCAUUUCAAGUAAUGAUAUGGCUAUAGAAACUAAGUGCAUAACGUACCAGUCAAAUGUAACGUCGAUUGAUAAUUCGUUGGAGGAGACAUUGGAAGACGAUCAACCAUAUUUCCAAAAAUCAAACAAUCAACAUCAUGAUAUAAGAUCAGGAAACAAUGCUUCACGGCCAGAUAAAGCUUCAAAAAUGAUAUUCAACAAUACCUUUUUUGAAAGUUUAAAUAAGAAGCCAUCAAAACAAACCAGGCGAAAACAAGAGCGAAAAGUGAUUCAUUCGAAAAAUUCUGUAGUACCUAUAGAAAGCAUCGAAAAUGAUAUAUCAGAUCAAGUGAGCGAGGAAAGCAAAAUGGAAACAAAAACUGACCAAAGUGACAAACAUAAUCAAAAUGAUGACGAACGUGUAAUAAAUCUAACACCUGAAAAAUUAAAGGAAUCUGGGGAUAACAAAACUGAGAACAAACCUAUUUUAUCAAAAUCGGCACCCUCGAUAUUAAAUUUUGGAACCAGUUCGGAACAACCUAAGGGAUCGAGUAAUAGCACGAACGAUCGUUUCGAUGAUAACUCUUCAAUAUUUACAAUUUCAAGUGGCGCCACAAGCAAUUUCAAAAAAUCAAAAGAAAGAAAGAGGUUUAGUUUAAGUGUCAAACAGUAUGUUCCUGAAAAUAAAACAAGCCAACCAAAACUAAAUGAGGAAAAUUAUGAAGAAAGGAUAGAAAAUUUAAAGAAUAUUUAUCAUUCGCAUUCAAAGCAUGGUCGUAAUGAUCGAAACAUUGCAAGAGCGCGAACUCAAAUAGACUUCGAAAUGCAACCAAAACCGACAGCAGUUAAAGAAAAUCCUUGGUUAGUUCAACCUAAGAAAGAUGGUUUUGAAAUAAAAAGCAAUCAACAAGUAACUAAGGCAACAGUUUUGCGUCGAAUGCGUACCAUGGGUGUUGAAGAACUUGAUGACGAAAAUAUUCCUGACCUUAUUCCUAGAACACAAGCCUUUGACAUAUUAAGGAUGAGAACCACAGUAUGCGAUGAAGAUCUUGCUAAAAGUCGUCGUCAGGUGCUUCCUCCUUUGCGGGGGAUACCAAGACAAGAACCUCCUGACCUUCCAAAUCUUUGGAGGCCUUAGUGAUAUGAUGGUUUGUAGACUGGUAUAAAAGUUAGCCUAUAUUUGUAAGAUAAAGAUAGAAGUGGAAAAUUUAUAUAUCUGAUUUUUUAUGUGUUAUUUUUUUUUAUCAAAUCUGUGAUAUUACGUAAUUCUUUACUGUUGUAACUACAUUGUUCGAGUUUUAACUCUUAUAUGCAAUUUGAAUAAAGUGAUUUUCCUUGUUAAGAUUAAACAUU